CAUGUGCAGCAUGUCUUCACCAACCUCAACCAGUAUAACACCGAACAAGGCCAGAGGACCAUCUCCACAACACUUCAGCCCAAACCCAAACCGACCAGAAUUCGCCUCCUACUGAACCAUCCUAUCCGAUAUUGGCAAGAUUUCACAUCAAAUCAGCAGAGUGUAGAGUCCCAGAGUGGCCGACUGACGUCUCAGGUUUGCAACGAAGGUAUUGCAGCCCCUGCAGUGAAUGCAUAUGCUAUCUGCAACUUGACAACCAGGGCAUCUGUGAACCCGAUUCGGCAAACCCCGGUACCUUCCCUAUGGUCACGUGGACUCGACCUCGCUAUCGGAGUGUAUAUACAGGUUGCCAGUCAGUGUCUGGCUCUACUCGGUCAGCUAAGGUUUAUCAUGUUGCUGUUGGUCGUAGCUCUCAUCGUUCCUGCCCUGGGGGCCCGCCCAGGAUUCACAGACACCGGCACUCUAGAGUGGAGGGACUGUGGUGUUGGCAGCUCCUGGGUUUCCGUGAAUAAGUUCGACAUCACGCCCAGCCCCAUCAAGCUUCCCGGAGAUAUGACCGUGACCCUUGAGGGAGCAAUCAAUCACAAUCUCGCUGACCAGGUCACACUGGAUGUUAUCAUGGAGAAGAGCCUGCUCGGGAUUUUCACCAAUGUUACCUGCGUUAACGAUGUUGGCACAUGCCACUACACCGACCCCUGCCACUUCCUGAACACCUUCAAAAGUCGGGGCACCUGUCCGCCCCAGCUGGUUGCCAACGGCCUCCCCUGCACCUGCCCCUUCAGCCCCGACAAGCUCAUCCUGCCCCCGUCCAAGUUCACCGUCACCAACAUCAGUGAUGCCUGGAAAAUCUUGGCUGACGGGGAGUACCACGUAAAACUCACCCUGAAUGACAAGACCACUCAACAACUUCGUGGUUGUGUUGAGACGUACAUCGUAAUCGCAGUGUGAUACCAAGUCAAAUACAUAUACAUGUUUAUUUGAUGAUAGAAAAUAAACACAAUAAAUAAUA